AUGAGGCUUCUGAACGCAAGAAGUUUCAAGAUUGAAGAGUUCCACGGCGAUGCUGUGCCAGACUACGCCAUUCUCUCGCACACAUGGGGCCGCGAGGAGAUUUCCUUUGCGGACUACCACAACCCGAGAUACACCUCGUUAUCAUGGAAUACUCGUCUCAAAGCUGGAUGGCGAAAGAUCAAGCAUGCUUGCGAGGAAGCUUCGCGGCGAAAAUUCGAUUAUGUUUGGAUUGAUACAUGCUGUAUCGACAAGACAUCCAGCGCCGAGCUUUCGGAAGCGAUCAACAGUAUGGCGGGAUGGUAUCGACGGGCUGGAGUCUGCAUUGUCUAUCUAGUGGAUUACGCGCAAGACGAAGAGUCAGGCGUCGUGUUCGAUCGAUUCAAGAGGUGUCGUUGGUUCACUCGCGGUUGGGCCUUGCAGGAGCUCAUAUUCCCGAAAUUCGUUGAAUUCUACGAUAGUGAAUGGCAACACAUCGGAAACAAGCUCGAUCUUAUGUCGCAGAUCAGAGAGAUAACCAAGAUUGAUCAGCGCGUGCUUGUUGAUGCUGCGGUGCUUCCUUCGAUCUGUGUUGCACGGAAGAUGAGUUGGGCUGCCAACCGACAGACGACCAGGACUGAAGACACAGCAUAUUGUUUGAUGGGCAUCUUCGACGUCAAUAUGCCAUUACUGUACGGCGAGGGCCGCAAGGCUUUCCAGAGAUUGCAAGAGGAGAUCCUUAAGAAGUCCAAUGAUUUCUCAAUACUGCUCUGGCAUCCGUCUUUGUCGUCGAACGAUCGAGAGGAAAUAAUCACAGAAUACGAUCACAACCGGUAUACGUCGAUUCUUGCCGACUCUCCCGCGUGUUUCUCAGCUGGCAGCAGCCUAGAAUAUGCACUCGUUGACUAUUAUCAUGCGAUAUGUGGGGAUCCUUGUCCGUGA